UUGUUGGUACAAGGUGUGGUAAGAGCUUGUACAGGCUCUCCGAUAUGCGCUGGAUUUGUACUAGGGAGCCACAUUAGGACUCAUUGCCAGGCCCACAGCGGGCGCCAAAGGACGGUUCGUGGGGAUCAAAAUAAGCUCCUAGGACAACGGCUGUUUCGUUGCGCAAUUAGACCUGAGCGGGCUUGCCCCACCAACACUGCUAGCUCCGCGGUGGUUUAUGCUGCAAACCACCGAUUUCCUUCCGUCGCUAUUUGUUCUCACCGCACUCUCAGAUAUGCGACAGACUAGUAUGCGUGAAAAAUGGACAAAUCAUUAUCACUAUUUGCAUUUGUAUCUCAGCGCCUGCGCUAUGUGGAACCACACAUUUACGCCCGCACGGUAGUGGGCAGCUGCAGCCGCGCCGUAAAACAGUCAACAAGGCUGAGCAGCAACAGGCUGGUUUGCUGGCUACCAGAGAGCAAAAACCCCAGCCUCCCACACCCAUGAGCCUAGCUCUGUAAUGGUCUUCUCUCUUUUCUUUCUGUUCCUCGCGCGAAUAUCGCGACAACUACCUCGCAACGAGUGCACGGUGGGAUGGGUAGGCGCCCUCCCAGUCGAGUUUGCAGCGGCACAGGAGAUGCUCGACGAAGAGCACGCCAACCUGCAGCACCAGUCCGGAGACAACGACGAGAACACGUACGCCGUGGGAUCGAUAGGUGGCCAUAACGUCGCCAUCGUGUGCCUGCCAGCCGGUCGCAUUGACAACAACCCAGCUUCGGCGGUGGCGAUGCAGAUGCGGGCAACAUUCAAGGGGAUCCGCUUUCGACUCGGGGACGUGGUUAUCAGCCAGCCGGACAAGACCUUCAGCGGGGUGGUGCAGUACGACUUUGGCAAGACGACACCGAACGAGUUUGGGCGGACGAGGGCACUGAAUGCUCCACCGCAGACGCUGCUCGUCACGGUAGCUAAAACGCAGGCGAACGAGCUGCGUGGCACGAGCAAGUUACGAGAGUAG